AUGAAUUUAAGUAUUAGUGAUAAUAAAAAAUUAUCGUUAUGGAAUUUUAUUUCUUUCGAACCACUUUGUGUUAUUAUAUCUAAUAUAUUUAUCAUGCGUCCAAUACGAUUUUUAUUAAAUUAUUAUAUUAAACCAGCAAAAUUUUUAGUCAUAAUACUUCCAAGAAACAUUUGGAACAAAGUUCGUAGAAAUGAAACAAUAUGUUGUUUAAUUGGAUUUGGUAUUGGUGUUGGUUGUUGUAUACUUUAUCGUCUUAUUUCAAAUUUUCUUGCUCCUUCAUCGUCAUCAACAGCAUCAAUCUCAAAUAAUACAUUAUCGUCUUUGUCAAACAAUAUACGUGAUGCGAAAAUAUCACAAAUGGGUCAAGAACAUUCAUCAUUAUCUUCUAAUGGAAAUGAAAUAACCGUAACUUAUACUAAACGACCACGUUCAUCAACAACAUUAAAACGAAGAACACCAGAUAUAAUUCAUCCAACAAUAGCUAAUGAUAAAUGUCAUUAUCAAGAAUAUACAAAUGACUCCGAUCGUGAACCAUUACUUGGUUUACCUAUUGAUAAACAUCAUAUAUCAAUACCAAAUAAAAAUUUUCAAAUAAAUCAAUUAUCUGAUGAAAUGACAUGGUCAGAAAUGUCAUCAUCAAUAGGUACAUAUGGUUUAUUACAAGAAUCUUAUCAUUCCAAUUCUUUAACUGGUGAUUCUGGUGUUGAUUGUCAUGAAAUUUCAACAAUUAAAUCAUCUCGUAAUCAACCACAUAAUCAUGAUAUAACAAAUCCAAUUAUUAAUAAUGAUUAUGAUGAAAAUGAAUUAUUAAUUAAUGAUUCAACAAAUGGUACAAAUACAAUACUUUAUUCUGAAUCAAGAAAAUAUGAUUCUGAUACAGCACUUAGUCGUGGUGUUAUACUUCAUGAUACACAAACAGUAACUGAAUCUCAUGUUAGAUCUUUUAUGUCAACAGAAAAAGAACAUAUUGCAACUGAUUUAAAUACAUUAACAAAAAAAUAUUCGAAAUCACAAACAUCAGUAUCACCAUCAGUAUCAAAAUAUUAUAAUCGACCUAUACAUAAUACAAUUAAUGCACUUGAUUGGGAUUGGAAUGAUGUUCAUUCUUCACCAUUAAUACAAUCACCAAAAAAUCGUUCUAAAAAACUAUAUCAACAUUAUUCAUCGUCAUCAUUAUCUCGUUUAAAUAAUAAUAAUAAUAAUAAUAAUAAUAAUAAUAAUAAUAAUAAAUGUAAAGUACGAAGACGAUUAAAUAAUAUUAAUAAACAAACAGAUUAUAAUGAAUCAGAUCUUGAAAUACGUACGUCUAUUUCAUAUGAUUGUACAAGUUCACCAUUAAGACGAAGACCAAGUUCAGUUUAUUUUGAUUCAACAGAUAAUACAAGUGGUGAUGAAAAUUUUGGAGAUGAAACUCUACAAAUUCCAUCACCAUCAUCGGUGCUAACUUCAUCACGAACAACAGAACAUUUUUCAAUUUCAAAAUAA